AUGGAGCUGGUGAAGGCGGCUCCGCCCAGCGUGCUGGUGCCCCUGCACGCCGCGUCGAUCGUGGUGGCUCUGCCCGGGCACCUCGCCUUCGAGUUGGGAGAGGGGUACCUCUUCGGGUUCUCGAAGGGCUUCGCGCUCGCGAUGACGGGCAAGUCCAUUGGUUCGCUGGCGGCCUUCACUAUUGGGCGCUCCUGCCUGGGCCCUCUGAACUUGCGGGAUCGGAUGCACCAGCAGCUUGAGUCCUGGCCGUCCGCGCGCCGCAUCGCGAAGAGGGUGGAGAGCAACGGUGGCCUCACGGUGUUCCUCAUCCGCAUCGCUCCGGUGCCGUGCGUGGUGAAGAACUACGCGGUGGCCGUGCUGACGGACGUGUCGUACCCCGUGUACUUCGCCGGGACGCUGGCGGGCUUGCUCCCCACCACUGCCGCCCACGUGGCGGCCGGCGCCCUGACGCCCUCCAUGGCCGACCUGGCGAGUGGCCACGGCAUUGCCACCCGCGCCGUGGCUCUGGCCAGCACGGUGGUGGGCCUGGGCAUGAUCAGCGUGGUGGCCAGCUUGUGCCUGCGCGAGGACGUUGCCGACGAGGACGGCGAGGCCUGCGAGGAGGAGCCCGGGACGGUGAAGGUAAAGGCCGCCGACUGA